UCUCGCUGGGCCCUUUAGAAACACGUGCGGUUGUUUCCGUGUCUGGGAGAUCACAUGACCCGCAUCAGCUGACCCGUCACGGCGGCGCUCAGCUCUGGCGCUCCGCGCUCCCCGCCCCGCUGCGCCCCGGAACGCAGGACCCUGCAGAGGGCUAAGACGAUCCUCAGGCCUUCUCUCCUUUGUAGCUGGUUCGCCCAGUCACCUGCGCCCCAGCUCUCGCUCCUCGUCCAUCCCAACCUUCCCGGCCUGGCACCCCGGAAGCCACUGCGAGGUGGGCCGUGGCCAGACUCAGCCUCGAGCUGCCCCCAAGGGGCCAGGACCAGAUGGCCCAGGGGAGCAGAGGACAGAAAGUGGUUCUUACAGCAGGAUCCGAGGGCUGGUCUCCAUCCUCGGGACCUGACAUGGAGGAGCUCCUCCAGAGCGUGGAGAAAGACCUGAACAUCGAUGCCCGGCAGCUGGCCCCGGCGCCGGGGGGCACCCACGUGGUGGCCCUAGUGCCCGCGCGUUGGUUGGCUUGUCUCCGCGAGCGCCGCCUGGGACCCUGUCCCCGGGCCGAGGGCCUGGGUGAAGCGGAAGUCAGGACUCUACUGCAACGCUCGGUACAGAGGCUGCCCCCGGGGUGGACGCGAGUGGAGGUGCACGGGCUGAGGAAACGGAGACUGACCUACCCGUUGGGCGGAGUCCUGUCCUUUGACGAGGGGUCCUGUAGCCCUGAGACUCUCACUCGUUUCAUGCAGGAGGUGGCUGCCCAGAAUUACCGGAACCUGUGGCGCCAUGCAUACCAUACUUAUGGGCAGCCCUAUAGCCAUAGCUCUGCCCCCUCGGCUGUACCUGCUCUAGACUCCAUAAGACAGGCUCUACAGCGGGUCUAUGGAUGCACCUUCCUGCCAGUGGGUGAAUCCAUCCAGUGUCCAUCAAAUGUCAGAGAUGGGCCCAGCCCCUCUCGGGGCAGCCCUGCCUGCCCAAGCCUUUUAAGAGCUGAGGCCCUUCUGGAGUCACCCGAAAUGCUGUAUGUGGUACACCCUUACGUACAGUUUUCCCUGCAUGAUGUAGUUACCUUCAGCCCUGCCAAGCUGACCAACAGCCAAGCCAAGGUGCUUUUCAUUCUCUUCCGUGUCCUCAGGGCCAUGGAUGCCUGUCACCGCCAAGGGCUGUCCUGUGGGGCCCUGUCUUUGCACCACAUUGCUGUGGAUGAGAAGCUUUGCAGUGAGCUUCGGCUGGACCUGAGUGCUUAUGAGAUGCCUUCUGAGGAUGAGAACCAGGAGGUCUCGUUAGAGAAAAACAGGACAGGUGUUAAAUCUGAAAAAGAGGAGGCAGAGAGAUCCGCGUGCCCCACCUGCCAGAAGGAACUUAAGGGCCUUGUGCUGGACUGGGUCCAUGGCCGAAUCAGCAACUUCCACUACCUCAUGCAGUUGAAUCGGUUGGCAGGUCGACGACAGGGGGAUCCCAACUAUCACCCAGUGCUGCCCUGGGUGGUGGACUUUACCACGCCCUAUGGGCGCUUCCGAGACCUUCGUAAAUCCAAGUUCCGACUCAACAAGGGAGAUAAGCAAUUGGACUUCACCUAUGAGAUGACACGGCAGGCAUUUGUAGCAGGUGGUGCAGGAGGCGGGGAGCCACCUCAUGUCCCUCAUCACAUCUCUGAUGUCCUCUCUGACAUCACAUACUAUGUAUACAAGGCUCGGCGCACACCCCGCUCAGUACUCUGUGGACAUGUCCGAGCACAGUGGGAGCCCCAUGAGUAUCCUGCCACCAUGGAGCGGAUGCAGACCUGGACACCUGAUGAGUGCAUCCCUGAAUUCUACACGGAUCCUUCUAUCUUUUGCUCCAUCCACCCCGACAUGCCUGACCUGGAUGUGCCAGCCUGGUGCAGUUCUAACCAGGAGUUUGUGGCUGCCCAUAGAGCGUUGCUGGAGAGCUGGGAGGUAUCCCAAGACCUGCACCAUUGGAUUGACCUGACCUUCGGCUACAAACUCCAGGGCAAAGAGGCUGUGAAGGAGAAGAACGUGUGUCUGCACCUGGUGGAUGCCCACACCCAUCUGACUAGCUAUGGUGUCGUACAGCUCUUUGAUCAGCCACAUCCCCAGCGCUUGGCUGGGUCUCCUGCCCUGGCCCCCGAGCCCCCACUCAUCCCCCGGCUAUUGGUCCAGCCCAUUCAGGAGGCCACAGGCCAGGAGGACAUUCCAGGACAACUUGUAAAUGGGGUGGGCAGGCUUGUUUUAGAGGCCACUCAGUGUGAGACUGGCUGGACUAGAGACAGGCCCAUGGCAGGGGAAGAUGACUUAGAGCAGGCUACUGAAGCUCUGGAUUCCAUCUCCCUCCCUGGUAAAGUAGGUGAACAGUUGGGCCCUUCCUCCAGUCAAGCCUCACCUAGCCUGUUGUCUUUUUCAGCAACCUCAGGCUCUCGACCAGGCCGCAGAAGCAAAGCUGCUGGGUCGGACCCUGGGGAGGGCGAAGAGGGGAAGAUAGCUCUACCUGAGGGCUUCAGUCCCAUCCAGGCCUUGGAGGAGCUGGAGAAAAUGGGUAACUUCCUGGCGAAAGGCCUAGGGAGCCAGCUGAAGGUACCCGAGCAGCCUCACGUCCAGCCACCUGUGCACCUACAGAACCUCUUCCAUCGAGACAUGCAGGUGUUGGGUGUCCUGUUGGCUGAGAUGGUGUUUGCCACCAGGGUCCGGACACUGCAGCCCGAUGCACCUUUGUGGGUACGCUUUGAGGCUGUCCGGGGUCUCUGCACGCGCCACUCCAAGGACAUCCCCGUAUCUUUGCAGCCGGUGCUGGACACACUUCUGCAGCUGAGUGGACCCAGAAGCCCCAUGGUGGUGAAGAAGGGCAAGAUGGGCCCGCUGUUUGAGUACAAGCCUGUUUCCCAGGGAUUGCCCCCACCCAGCCCAGCCCAGCUGCUCAGCCCCUUCAGCUCCAUGGUCCCCUUCCCUCCAUACUUUCCAGCACUGCACAAGUUCAUUCUGUUAUAUCAGGAGAGGCGUGUGGAGGAUGAGGCCCAGGGAAGGGAACUGGUGUUUGCUCUAUGGCAGCAACUGGGUGCAGUGCUAAAUGAUGUCACUCCUGAGGGCUUGGAGAUCCUGUUGCCUUUUGUGCUGUCACUCAUGUCUGAGGAACACACAGCUGUGUAUACUGCCUGGUACCUAUUUGAACCCGUUGCCAAGGCCCUGGGCCCCAAAAAUGCCAAUAAGUACCUCCUGAAGCCCCUCAUCGGGGCCUACGAGAGUCCUUGCCGACUGCAUGGCCGCUUCUACCUGUACACCGACUGCUUUGUGGCCCAGUUGGUGGUACGGUUGGGCUUGCAGGCCUUCCUCGUUCACCUGCUACCCCAUGUCCUUCAGGUACUGGCUGGGGUGGAAGCUUCGCAGGAGGAGAGCAAAGGCCUGGUUGGAACCACCGAGGAUGAGGAAAGCGAGCUCCCGGUGUCCGGGCCCACCUCAUGUGCCUUUGGGGAGGAGAUUCAGAUGGACGGGGAGCCUGCUGCUUCCUCAGGACUGGGACUCCCAGACUACAGGUCAGGUGUCAGCUUCCAUGACCAGGCCGACUUGCCAGACACAGAGGAUUUCCAGUCUGGACUUUAUGUGGCUGACUCUCCACAGCCCCAGGAGGCUGAGGCUGUGAGCCUGGGCCAGCUGAGUGACAAGAGCAGCACUAGCGAGGCCUCUCAGGGCGAGGAGCGAGGUGGGGAUGAUGGGGGCGCCCCUGUGGACAAGAACAGCCUGAAGUCAGGUGACAGCAGCCAGGACUUGAAGCAAAGUGAGGGCUCCGAGGAAGAGGAGGAGGAGGAAGGCUGUGUGAUUCUGGAGGAGGAAGAGGAGACAGAUGAAGUCACAGGAGCAUCUGAGCUCUCUCUGUCUGACACAAUGCUGUCCAUGGAGACGGUCGUGGCUCCUGGUGAUGGGAGAGACAGAGAAGAGGAAGAGGAGCCCUUGACAGAGCAAACAGAAGGCAAAGAGCAGAAGAUCCUCCUUGAUACAGCCUGUAAGAUGGUCCGCUGGCUGUCCGCCAAGCUUGGCCCCACAGUGGCCUCUCGCCAUGUAGCCCGGAACCUGCUGCGCCUGCUGACAUCUUGUUAUGUGGGGCCCACUCGGCAGCAGUUCACAGUCAGCAGUGAUGAGAGUCCCCCGCUGAGUGCCGGCAACAUCUACCAGAAGAGGCCAGUACUCGGGGACAUAGUGUCAGGGCCUGUGCUCAGCUGUCUCCUCCACAUCGCCCACCUAUAUGGAGAGCCUGUUCUCACCUACCAGUACCUGCCCUACAUCAGCUACCUGGUGGCCCCGGGGAACAACUCAAGCCCCAGCCGACUGAACAGCCGCAAGGAGGCAGGGCUGCUGGCAGCUGUGACACUGACUCAGAAGAUCAUUGUGUACCUCUCAGACACGACCCUAAUGGACAUUCUGCCCCGUAUCAGCCAUGAGGUCUUGCUGCCUGUGCUCAGCUUCCUCACCUCCCUUGUCACAGGGUUCCCAAGUGGGGCCCAGGCCCGGACAGUCUUGUGCGUGAAGACUGUUAGUCUCAUCGCCCUCAUCUGCUUGCGCAUUGGACAGGAGAUGGUUCAGCAGCAUCUGAGUGAGCCUGUGGCCACCUUCUUCCAAGUCUUCUCUCAUCUGCAUGAGCUUCAGCAGCAGGAUCUGCAGCUGGAUCCUAAGGGUUGUACUGAGGGCCAACUUCCAGAGGUCACUUUCGCUGAUGGGCAUCGACGGCCAGUGGACCCCACCGUGCUGGAAGAGCUGCAGAAGGUGUUCACCCUGGAAAUGGCGUACACAAUCUACGUACCCUUCUCCUGCCUGUUGGGUGACAUCAUCCGGAAGAUCAUCCCCAACCACGAGUUGGUUGGGGAGCUGGCAGGGUUGUAUUUGGAAAGCAUCAGCCCAAGCUCCCGAAACCCAGCCAGCAUGGAGCCCACUGUGCCUAGUGCCGGCCCUGAAUGGGACCCUCAGAGUGGCAGCUGUCUCCAGGAUGAUGGCCACUCAGGAACCUUUGGAAGUGUCCUGGUUGGAAAUCGCAUCCAGAUCCCUGACUCUCAGCCUGAGAGUCCUGGACCACUGGGCCCCAUCUCUGGGGUGGGUGGUGGGGGCCUCAGCAGCAGGAGUGAAGACAAUGCCCUGAAGCGGGAGCUGCCGCGGAGUGCCCACGGGCUGAGCGGGAACUGGCUGGCAUACUGGCAAUAUGAGAUUGGUGUGAGCCAGCAGGACGCCCACUUCCACUUCCACCAGAUCCGCCUGCAGAGUUUUCUGGGCCACGCGGGGGCUGUCAAAUGUGUGGCUGCCAUGAGCAGCGAGGACUUCUUUCUGAGUGGCAGCAAGGACCGUACUGUGCGCCUCUGGCCACUGUACAACUAUGGGGAUGGGACCAGUGAGACAGCCCCCCGCCUCAUCUAUGCCCAGCACCGCAAGAGUGUCUUCUACGUGGGCCAGCUUGAGGCCCCUCAGUAUGUGGUGAGCUGUGAUGGGGCGGUGCACGUCUGGGACCCCUUCACAGGGAAGACCCUCCGUACUGUGGAUCCUUCGGACAGCCGUGUGCCCCUAACUGCUGUAGCUGUCAUGCCUGCUCCCCAUACCAGCAUCACCAUGGCCAGCUCUGACUCUACCUUGCGCUUUGUGGACUGCAGGAAGCCUGGCUUGCAGCAUGAGUUCCGACUGGGUGGAGGGCUGAACCCCGGGCUUGUUCGCUCGCUGGCAGUCAGCCCCAGUGGCCGUAGUGUUGUGGCUGGCUUCUCCUCGGGCUUCAUGGUGCUGCUGGACACCCGCACGGGCCUGGUUCUACGAGGCUGGCCAGCCCAUGAAGGGGACAUCCUGCAGAUCAAGGCCAUAGAGGGCAGCAUGCUAGUCAGCUCAUCUUCCGACCAUUCCCUGACUGUGUGGAAGGAGCUGGAGCAGAAGCCCACACACCACUACAAGUCAUCGUCGGAUCCCAUCCACACCUUCGACCUGUACGGCAGCGAGGUGGUCACUGGCACUGUAGCCAACAAGAUUGGCAUCUGUUCCCUGCUUGAACCACCCUCUCAGGCCACCACAAAGCUCAGUUCCGAGAACUUCCGUGGCACACUCACUAGCCUGGCCUUGCUGCCCACAAAACGCCACCUCCUGCUGGGCUCGGACAAUGGCAUCAUCCGCCUCCUGGCAUAGGUCCAGGCAGGAGUUGGCUUGAAGGCAGGGGUGAGAUGACAUUCCUCAGAUCCAGCUCCUCAUUCUUGAUCUCUCAGCAGCUCUCUUUAGGCAAGCCCCAGGUUCUGGAUGCCCACAUGGCCCGCCAUCUGGGGUCAUAGAGUUACUGAAUCUCCAAGGCCAUGAAGUGGCUUCAUUCGUGAAACUCAGGAGAUGCUGUUCUAACCAACAAGAAGCGGGACAGGGAAGAGCACUAAGAUUCCCAUUGCUCCCCAGCUCUGCCUUCUGGAUUCUCACGGGGACAAUGAAGCUCCAGGAAAUGAAGGGAGAUGGGUCUUGCUCAGCCAGUUUCUUCUAGCCAAGCUCUCCCUAGCUCUUUCUCCCAAGGGUAGGAAACUGCUCCUAUCCCGGGUACUGGUGGUACAUGAACUCCAUCCUAAGGAGUUUAAGGGCUUUGUCUGGGGCUUCAGUAUCCACUCGGCCAGGUCUUCCCGGUGUGGGACCAGAAAAAGGGGGAAAAGGGGAAGCGGGGCCAGAGAAGAGGUAGUAAGGCCCCAGCUGGUCUAGGAAUGAAUCCAUGCCUUGCCUUGGUACCCCUAACCACAGUGUUUGUGCCUUGAGCCAGGGAGGCAGCCCUUGGGGCCAGCACCCCUGGGGAGAAGGGGCAACAGGAAUCAUCUCUGCCACUCAGGCCCCUCCCAGGAGAUGGGAAGAUCUGGUAUCUCUUGAGUCCCCAUUUGGAGCAGAGAAGCAGUUUGAGAUGUGGCCCCUGCUCUCCUCACUGUUUGCAAUCCAUGUAAAUAUGAUAAAUAAAUUCUUUGGAAGAGCCAUG